GUGUAUCUGAGCAGGAGGCCCUGGACUCUUUCAGAUGGGAGCAGUCAGCCAGCCCAGCUGUGCAGGAAUCUCUGGCCCUAGGAUGCGGAAGGAAGAGCUUGGUGCGAGAGGACUGGAGAGGAAGGAGACUUGCUGCCCCACGAUCCACUAUCUGCUUCCUCUGAUGGCUUUGGGGUGCUGUGGCAGUGGGGCGGCUGGCACAUUCUGACCGCAGCCCAGAAAAGCAGGGAACUAGGGACCCUGCUCCAAGGAGUCCUUUCCUCCUUGGGCACACUGACAGGCUGUGCUGGACAUGUUCUGUGUUCAAGGGGCUGCUCAGAGCUGGGCAGGAAACUCAGCUUGAUUUCUGCAGUUGUUGCCUAUGGAGAGUCUUGGCUUUCAGACGAAAACUCAUUAAAAAAUGGAGAUUUCUUUCUACCAAAGAAGGACCCACAGACUCAGUGGUUGACUUUGAACUUCGUGGCCUUCCAAGAUGUGCUUGGGGAAAGCCAGGGUGUUUUCUGUUCCUGUAGCAACAUCUCGCCUUCUCCCCCUGUCCCUGGAGCUGAGGCCAAGGUAGGCAGAGAGCAUCCUGACAGCUUGGUGGUCCUAAAACCAGCACCUGUGCGAGGGUGGGAGGUGGCUUUUGGAAGCUUCUAGAGUAAGGGUCAGAGGCCAGGUCAAGGGAGCCCUGCUGCCCUGGACACCAUCUCUUUGAGCAGCUGUCUUCACUUGCACAGCUAGAUUAGGCCUCCAAAUCAGUAUCCUAUGAAACCAGGGUGAGCAGUUUAUGUCCUGGAAAUAGCAUUUGUCUAGAGCUCAGACAUAUGGGUUCUAAGAACAGUUUUGAUCUUUUAAAUCUGUGAAAUGUGUUCCUGUUUAUCAAGCACAUUCAAUUUAGUUCUCACAACCCUGUGAAUGUGGUAUUGUGAUCUCUAUUCACCUCUUGGGAAACCUGAGGCUCAGAGGGAUUAGGUGUCUUGAACCACAGUCUGGCUGAAUCCAGGCCCAGCAGACCCACUGCCUAGCCUGACACUCCCCAAAGACCUUUCUGCAAAGUCAACUCCCCAGCUAAGUUAGCCAGAGAUGUCACUUCAGCCUAGACUGCUGGGAUGCCUGCUCUCCAGUCUGGUGAUGUUGCAACUCCAAAAGGGGCCUUCUGGGGAACGGCUUUGGGAGGUGGUUAAUGUUGUUUCUGUCUGUGAAGGAAGGCCGGGAGGAGGUCACGCCAUUGCUCUCUAGGGAUGUGUGGGCAUGGAGGUGAAGGGGGACCUGGGCUCCAUGCAAAGAAAAGGAAACCCAAUCAUGUCAUGGUGGAACCUCUGUCAUUCCUCUUUAUUCUGUGGGUCGGUGACAGAGAAAGGACAGUCGCUGUGGGGGUGGUGGGUGGUGAAUGACUAAAAAACACAUCUAGGUAACUAUGGGCCAGCUCCACUGGAAAUGUUCAGGCCUUAAAUCCUGUAACAUCUGAGAUAAAAGAGCCUCAAGGCUGCCUUGUUCAGGCCCUUCCUGUUCAGGUUAGAGGUCUGGUUCCCAGAGAAGGUAGGGCUCACACAAGGAUUUUAGGGCAGAGCUUGACCAGGGGUCCAGGCCCCCUGACCCUUAGCCCCAUGUAUUUUUGAUUAACAUUAGAAAGAAUGGUCUCAGAGUAGAGCCCUAUUUUGAAAUAAAAUCUGAUGAUUUACUUUCCACAGAAAGAAAGAAAACCUUCUACCUGGUUUACUUUCCACGGAACAGGUGGAUUUUCUCCAGGGCCGGCCACCAUGGUUGGGGGUGUGUGCGGGGUCCCCUGAACCUGCCCUGGGAGGCGAGCAGCUCUGUGAGCCCCAGAUUCUCUUCUCAGAUAGAGGAAGAGCAUCUGUUCCUCCUGGGCCUCACUCCCUCCCAUGAGGGUCCAGGGUUCUGGGUGGAAGAGAGCGGAGGAAUUCCUCCCAUGAGGUCCUGCCCACACUUCCUGGCGAGAGGCGGCCUUGCAGUCUGGAGCGCAGAGAGAGUCAGAGGACUGUGGCUGACUGAAAGACCUUCUCUGCCCUGCUCAUCCCAUCCUCCAGCCCUGGGGGCAACUGUCGGGACCCUGGGGCAGUGGGCCCUCCUGAGGCACUGGCUGGCAGUGAGGGGGACAGCCAGGGCAGCGGACGCCUGACUAUUCAGUUGCCCUGAGAGAAACCUAGAAUCAUCUUUGGAUGUGGGUUGCACAGUGGAGGGAUUAAAAGAAAAAAGGAAAUGCGAAUAUUAACUCCAGAUGUCCAUCAGCCAGAGACUCCAAACAGAAGAGCUGUGCUAGGCUCGGCGAAGGGGCUGCCCUCAGGACGAGUGUGCUCUGUCUCUAAUGACGUAACUUGAGGCACGGGUGGAUUAAGGACUUGCCCGAGUGGGCCCCACAGUAACAGCCUGGUGUUGCACUGGUUGUCCUAGAAAACAAAGGGUUGCUUAGAGGAGGUCUGCCCUGAUAGUCUAGUGUUUUCUCAAUCGGGGUGGUUUUGCCCCUCAGGGGACAUUUAGCAAGAUCUGGAGACAUCUUUGGUUGUCAUAGUGGGGUGUGGGGGAGAGGGGGUGCCUAGGGGUUGUUACGCACCUGGUGGGAGGGUCUAGGGAUGCUGUUACCUUUUACCAUGUGUAGGAAGCCCCCACAACAAAGGGUUACGGAGUCUGUGAUGCCAGCAGGGCCGAGGGGGAGAAUCCCUAAGACAGCCCCAGUCUAGGCCCUGCUGGGUGGGCAGAGAGGGUGCAGCAGCCGUAGACAACUGCUGCUGAGACAGCCAGAGCUCUGCAGGCCUGACGCCCCCACUCUCACUCCCAUCUGAGGUGUCUAUUGCACUGGGUGAGGUGUGCGCACCAUGGCCAACCCUCCUGAGUAAUUUCAGAAAGAAGCUUAUAAAGCAUUUUAAGAGGUUGGUAAAUUGCAAUUUCAGAAGCACAUAAAUGCUUCUAUAAACGCCAGCUUUGCAAACAAAGUCUACAUGGGAGAAGAGUAAGCAGGUUGUCCAAGCCUCGGGAAAGGCCCUGUUGUGAGGUGGACGACCACAUUUACCUGUGGUCCUUGAUUCUCAGGUUGUCCUCCUGACUUGCUUGACUACCUGGCAGGGCUUUGUUCUUUUUAUUUCCUGUUUGUCCAAAGAGCCUGCACGGACCACCUUGGUAACCUGUUCAGGGACUGAGUGGGCUGCUCAGGGCAGGCUGUCCUGGGGUCCCGAUUCUGUCCUCUGAGGUUCAGGGAUCGGCAGGCCGAAAAGGAAACUGUCCUCUAAAGCAGCCCCAUUCGUGGGCUCACACCCACAAUCCAUUGCUGGCCAUAGUCUUAAACCAUCAUCAAAGACUAAUCAGUAUUUUGACAGCAAUCUGUGUUUUACAAAACACCUUUGCUUCUGUUCUGUUUGACCCUGCUUGUCUCUUUGUGAAGAGGCAGGCCAGGCCGAUGACCCUACUGUCCCAGUGGGGACACUGAGGAUGCCAGAGAGGGAGUGAAGUACUCAUAUCACAGGGCAGAUUGUCAGCAGAGCCAGGAUUUAGACCUAGGUCUCCUGCCCCUAAGUUCUGGGUGUCUGCACUUGGGGUGAGGGGGAAGCAGCAGGACACGGGUGCAGGAUUUUGGGUCCAAGAGCCCUGGUUUCAGAUCCAGACUGGGUUACUCCCUGUUCACCUUGACCAUGCUUCUUUAUUUAACCAUUCUGAGGGUCACUUUCUUCCCAUCAGUAAAAUGGAGGCAGUAUUGGCCUGCUCCUGGGAUUGCUGUGAGGUAUAAAUGAAGUAACUGUGAGCCUGGCACAUAAUAGCUCCACGAAUUUUAGUUUCCUUUGUUCCUUUUCCACCAGCCUGGUGGCCCAGGUGCAGGAGAGUGGCUGGAGUUGACGAGUGGACAGGCUGGGCUCCUCAGGAGAAGGCACGCGGAAAGGGCAGGAACCAAAAUGUCAUUCAUAAGGCUACUCCCUGUUUAUGGGCUCUGGUACAAUCUUUGAAGAGGCAAUAAAGUUUACAUUCUACUAGGAAAUGACAACAGCUGAGAGUCCUGACUUAGCAAUCCAAAUUCAAAAAAAUUUUUUUUUACAAGGUAAGGAAUUCUGGAUGGGUAGGAAAAAUCACAUUCUAAUGCGAUUAGCUUUCUGGAAUAGGAAUAGGCUUUCCCAAGAGUAAAUGCCAACACCCCGUGGAGAGUGUAUAUAAACGCCCCAGAGAGGCCUUGAGAGUCUAGAACCUGAGCUCCUUGCUAUCCUGUGACCUUCCUCUGCUAGCAUCAUGGCCACCCAGAUCUGCUCCCCAGUCUUCUCCUCUGGGUCUGUCAAGGGCCUCUGUGGCACGGCAGGCAGCCUCUCCCGGGUGACCUCCGUCCGCUCUCUAGGCUCCUGCAGGGUUCCCAGUCUUGCUGGUGCUGUGGGAUCAGCCUCCUCCAUCAGGCUGGGCCUCUCCGGCUUCGGGAGCUGCUUGCCUGGCCCCUACCUGUCCACUGGGUGCUACCCUUCUGGCUUUGGGAGCGGUGGCUUGUUCUUUGAGGGCGCCUUCAAUGGCAGCGAGAAGGAGACCAUGCAGUUCCUGAACGACCGCCUGGCCAGCUACCUGGAGAAGGUGCGCCAGCUGGAGCGUGAGAACGCUGAGCUGGAGAGACGCAUCCGGGAGUGGUAUGAAGCUCAGAUCCCGUACAUCUGCCCAGACUACCAGUCCUAUUACAAGACCAUCGAGGAUCUCCAGCAGAAGAUCCUGCUGACCAAGGCUGAGAAUGCCAGGCUUGUCCUGCAAAUUGACAAUGCCAAGCUUGCUGCUGAUGAUUUCCGGACCAAGUAUGAGACAGAGCUGGGCUUGCGGCAGCUGGUGGAGGCCGACAUCAAUGGCCUGCGCAGGAUCCUGGACGAGCUGACCCUGUGUAGGGCCGACCUGGAGAUGCAGGUGGAGUCCCUGAAGGAGGAGCUGUUGUGUCUCAAGAAGAACCACGAGGAGGAAGUCAAUGCACUCCGAGGCCAACUUGGGGACCGACUGAAUGUGGAGGUGGAUGCUGCCCCCACAGUGGAUCUCAACAAGAUUCUGGAUGACAUGAGAUGCCAGUAUGAGACCCUGGUGGAGAAUAACCGCAGAGAUGUGGAGGCCUGGUUCAACACCCAGACCGAGGAGCUGAACCAGCAGGUGGUGUCCAGCUCGGAGCAGCUGCAGUCUUGCCAGACUGACAUCAUCGAGUUGAGACGCACGGUCAACGCCCUGGAGAUAGAGCUGCAGGGCCAGCACAGCAUGCGGAGUUCCUUGGAGUCCACCCUAAUGGAGACUGAGGCCCGCUACAGCUCCCAGCUGUCCCAGCUGCAGUUCAUGAUCACCAACGUGGAGUCCCAGCUGGCCGAGAUCCGCUGUGACCUGGAGCGGCAGAACCAGGAGUACCAGGUCCUCUUGGAUGUCAAGGCCAGGCUGGAGUCGGAGAUCGCCACCUACCGCCGCCUGCUGGAGGGAGAAGAUUCCAAGUGA